CACCACUUUCGAGGUCUCCAGGUCCGCAGCCGCCUGUAGCCCCCAGCACCGCCCCUUUGGAAGCCUGGGAGGACUGUGUGUUGCGAACGGGGGCGGAUACUCUCGGUCGCCGCGGAGGUCCACGUCUUGUUCGCAGGGAAGGUUUACUCCCCCAUCGUGGGUGACCGAGGGACCGAGGGCUCGGCCGGUUUCGCUCUGCUGGGGGCAAGGCACGCUCUCUCUCCCCACCCUUCCCGGUUCCCUCAGACAGUCUCGGCCUUGAGGAACACCCUUCGCCUCCGGUCCCGCAGCCGACCUUCCUCCGCUCCCCACGCCCUCCCCGGAGGACCCCGCUGUCACUCGCGAUGCUCCGAAGACCCGGGAACUGGGCGAGGAAGGCGGUGGCCGCCUUUUUCCAGCUGGGGGGAACAAUCCUGGACCAUGACUCAACAGCCACUUCGAGGAGUGACCAGCCUGCGUUUCAACCAAGACCAAAGCUGCUUUUGUUGCGCCAUGGAGACAGGUGUGCGCAUCUACAACGUGGAGCCCUUGAUGGAGAAGGGGCAUCUGGACCACGAGCAAGUGGGCAGCAUGGGCUUGGUGGAGAUGCUGCACCGCUCCAACCUUCUGGCCUUGGUGGGCGGUGGUAGUAGCCCUAAGUUCUCAGAGAUCUCAGCAGUGCUGAUCUGGGACGAUGCCCGGGAGGGCAAGGACUCCAAGGAGAAGCUGGUGCUGGAGUUCACCUUCACCAAGCCAGUGCUUUCUGUGCGCAUGCGCCAUGACAAGAUCGUGAUCGUGCUGAAGAACCGCAUCUAUGUGUACUCCUUCCCUGACAAUCCCCGAAAGCUGUUUGAGUUUGAUACCCGGGACAACCCCAAGGGGCUCUGUGACCUCUGCCCCAGCCUGGAGAAGCAACUGUUAGUGUUCCCGGGACACAAGUGUGGGAGUCUGCAACUUGUGGACCUGGCGAGCACAAAGCCUGGCACCUCGUCUGCUCCAUUCACCAUCAAUGCACAUCAGAGUGACAUAGCCUGUGUGUCUCUAAACCAGCCAGGCACUGUAGUGGCCUCAGCCUCCCAGAAGGGUACCCUUAUCCGCCUCUUUGACACACAAUCCAAGGAGAAACUGGUGGAGCUGCGCCGAGGCACUGACCCUGCCACUCUCUACUGCAUUAACUUCAGUCACGACUCCUCCUUCCUCUGCGCUUCCAGUGAUAAGGGCACCGUCCAUAUCUUUGCUCUCAAAGAUACCCGCCUCAACCGCCGCUCCGCGCUGGCUCGCGUGGGCAAGGUGGGGCCUAUGAUUGGGCAGUACGUGGACUCUCAGUGGAGCCUGGCGAGCUUCACUGUGCCUGCUGAGUCAGCUUGCAUCUGCGCCUUCGGUCGCAAUACUUCCAAGAACGUCAACUCUGUCAUUGCCAUCUGCGUAGAUGGGACCUUCCACAAAUAUGUCUUCACUCCUGAUGGAAACUGCAACAGAGAGGCUUUCGACGUGUACCUUGACAUCUGUGAUGAUGAUGACUUUUAAGGACCCUGGGGGCUGUGCUAGGGACCUGCAGUGGCAGACUGCAGAGCUGAGCCUUGGCAGUGGGGCGUGCUUGGAAGCCACCAGCCAGCAAGCAUUAAUGGGGCCGGUGCCCACUUUUCACUCAGCAGAGCUAUGUCUAAAUAAAGAGCUCAAUUCCCCCCAGCACUUCUUGAUGACUGUGUGCCCCAAGGGCUAGGCCAGGGACCCAGAGGGAGUGCCCUAAUCCAACCUGGAGAUUUUUUAAAAGCUUCCUAGGAAGAGAUGAUUUCCGAUAUGAUGAAUACGAAUAAAAGGCCCUUAAUGGCAUU